AUGUUCAAGAUCUCAUUCGUCGAGUUUUCAACACCUCAAACAAUUAAAUCAGCCUUAUCUUGUGAGGUCAAGAAUAAGAACAACAAUUCUCCAAAGAAACGAGGACGACCACCAAAGAAGAAACAACAGGAAAGAGAUUCAAAAGUUGUCACAUCCUCAGAAUCAAUGAAAGAUGCUCAAAAGAAUGAUGUAAAUCAUCCUGCUGUGAUCUUGACCGAAUGUAAGAAGAGGAAAUUGGAGAAUGUUUGUGAGCAAUACAGAACUCCUCCAUUGGUGGUUUCUCCUCCUUCACUGCAUAAUAUUCAAACAAAAACUACUGAUUUACCAAAGAAGAGAGGUAGACCACCUAAGAAUUCACCACAUGCAAACAAAUCAAUGUUUAUUAGGUCAACUGAGACAAUGCCAAUGAGGUAUGAAUUGACGAAUAGAAUGACAGACCAAUUCAAGAAGGAUAAACGAAGAAGAAGGGAAAAGAAAGCAUGUAAUAGUCCAAACACAUCUAAUUGCUCCACAUCUAGUAGUACAUCAUCUUUGACUAUUGUGCAAGAAUUGAAUAAUUGUUUAGUUUCAGACACAUUAGUUUCGUCUCUUCCAACAACGCAUGCAUCCACUCCUCAAUCUAAUAUCACUACCACUAACGACAAUACAACAACACAUCUAGAAUCCAAUCUUAUCACCUCCAACAAUAACAACACAUCCAAUUAUAAACCUCCAAGAAAGAUAAGAUAUUCGAUAUCCAUCCAAGAAUUAUUAAAUUGA